CUCAUCACCUAUAUAUACUCGAGCUUGCUCGGUCCUCACCUUCAAUCCACAAUCCACAGGCACAUUCGAUUCUUCGCUCUCAAAUCUCCAACUCUCAAAUUUUUCGAACAGCCGCGUCUGCAUCAUCUUCGACUUCUUCUCCGGUGAUCGGCGAUUCCUGUUUCCCCAGAUGGAUCGUCACGGUUUGCUGUGGCCGGAGUCUCUCGGACCGAGGCCGGACGGAAUCGGAUACGCGCACGGUGACGGUGCACCCAUGCCCAACGCCGCCGGAGCCCCUCCCUUCCCGAGCUCCGAUCACGCCCCCUGCGCCUACGCCUACAGAAGCGGCAGCCCUUGCGAGGAGAGCUACAACUUCGGCGACGCGGAGGGCCAGUUCUACUACCACGGGCACAGGCCCUGCGACGGGGACCAGUCGAUCGACCCGUGGCUGCUCGAGCUGAUGGAGGACCUGAGGGAGCUCUACGUGCGGCGGCGGCGGCACCGGUUCCGACAGCUGUUCCCGAGGCUGCACGACGAGAUCGACCGGAAGCUGGAGGAGGCUCUGCGGUCGAAGAGGACGAGGGAGGAGGGGGCGUUCCAGAGGAGCUUGAGCGUGGGAUCGCCCCGGCUGCCGGGCAGAGACGGCGGAGUAGGAGACGAGCCGGCGUUGAGGCUCGACAGGUUCAAGGUGCGGACGGUUGAUUUGGACGACCCCGUUGCCGAGGGCGGCGGUCAACAAGGCGGUCAAGGUGGUAACGGCAGUGUGGCCUCUGGCGGCGGAAGAAAUGGAGGCAAAUGACGGAGAUGAACAACGACAAAGGAAGCGGUCGGAAAAGAGAACACAAAAACCAUUCGAGUCGGGGUGAAUAUCUCAAAAUAAUUUGCUAAACAGGAAUUAUUUGAGAAUCCCCAUGUAAUAAUUCAUUUGAUUGAUUCAUUUAUUGAUUUAUUAAUUUAUUUUUUUCUA